AUGAUAAAAGCGAGACAUCUACAAGGUUUUGUGCAUAGGCCAGCAGAGAAGAGAAAAGACCAAUGGGUCAAGCCAUUUAGAUGGCGUAAUGACAGAAAAGCAAAACGACAAUGCAGUAGAUCAAGGGAACGACCCCAAGAGUAUCGUGAUGAACACAAGAAUCCACCUCGUCGUAUUAUUAACACCAUAGUAGGAGGGUUUUUAGGGGAAAGAGUGGAGACAUGUGGAUGCAUAGACUUGUAUACCCUUUUCGGUUCUAAACGGGAAGCGAAGGGCAUUAAGGUAACUUACCUGGUGGUUCACGCAAACACCUCGUAUAACAUAUCGCUCGGGUGUCCCUCCGUCAAUAAAUUGAAAGUCAUAGUACCUACUCCCUACCUCGCCAUGAAGUUCCCUUUGGACAAAGGUAGAAUCAUAACCGUCCAUGCAGAUCAUAAGCUUGCUAGGGAGUGUUAUUUUGUAAGUUUGUGCCUAAAGCCCUUGCUUAAUUUGAGUAGGGACGUCAAUAUAGUCUCUCCUCGGGUAGGAGUAGACCUCUUGGACAUGGAACUCAAUCCAAGAAUGAACGAAGGGUUUCAGGUUGAGCCUAAUGAGGAAAAGAAAUCCUUCCAGUUAGGAAAAAUGCAUGAACAAGUCACAUACCUAGGAGCCGAGUUAUCACAAGAUAAACAAGAAGCAAUUCAAAAGAGAAAGAUGGGAGGUGAUCAAGCCUGUGCUGUUCGGGAGGAGACUGAUAAGGUACUAAUGGCAGGCUUUAUCUGGGAGGUGCAAUAUUCAACUUGGUUAGCCAAUGUUGUGAUGGUGAAAAAAGAAAACAGAAAGUGGAGGAUGUGCAUUGACUUCACGGUCCUGAAUAAAGCAUGCCCCGAAGAUGCCUAUCCCCUGCCUAACAAUGAUGCCUUAGUGGACGGAGCAUUAGGACACAAAUUCCUCAGUUUCCUAGGUGCUUACUCUGGAUAUAAUCAAAUCAGGAUCGCAACAUACCAAAGGCUAAUGGAUAAAAGUAUCACUAAGCAGCUCGGGGGGUGUUUGGAAGUAUAUGUGGAUGACAUUGUUGUCAAGUCCAUGGCAAUAGAUGAACAUGUGAUGAAUUUGACUGAAGUCUUUUUGGAAGCAAGAAGUUGUCGAAUAGCUACGCUAUCUCAAUUUUUUCCUAAGAUGGCAGAAAAAACACAACCAUUUGCAGAUCUCCUUAGAAAGGCACAGAAAUUCAAAUGGUCCAAAAAUUGUGAAACUGCUUUUAGACAAUUUAAGACCAUCUUAGCAACACCACCCAUAUUGACCAAGCCUAAGCCUGAUUUGGACAUGAUCGUCUAUCUUGCAAUAUUAGACAAUGCCAUUAGCUUGGUCCUCCUACAAGAGAUGCCAGAGCAGGUACCUGUCUACUUCAUAAGCCGAACACUACAUGAUGUCGAGACAUGA